AUGGCAGACGUCCGGGCUCUCCUCCGGCAGCAGCGAGCAGCUCGUCGCAUCACCCAUCCAUACGCCACAUAUUCAGACACCGGCAAGCUGCUCUGCACCCUCUGCCGCGACCAGAUCCGCGCCGAAUCCCACUGGGACGCCCAUCUCACCAGCGACAAGCACAAGAAGCGCCUGUCUGCCAUUUCAGAGGCCAACAAUGCCAAUGCCAACGCCAAUGCCAAUGGAGAUUACAGAGGAAGCGACGAAGAGGUCAACGACCAGGAGCAGAGCGAGGGGUUGGACGACGAUGGUGAAGGCCGAGAUCAGAGAGCAGAUACCCCCUCGGCCACCCACAAACGGAAACUCGACCUUGUAGCCGCCACGGCCGCAGACGAGCAUGACACAGAUAAAGACAUGGACGACGACGAAGACGAGGAAGCCACCACAAGGGCCCUCGCAGGGCGUCCAGGUCCAGAUGCCCUCACGGUCGACAACGCCCGCCGACUCCCAACACUCUGGCACAGUCUGGCAACUCCGGCAUCCUCCUCCUCCAUGAGCAUACAACAAGAAGCACCACCACCACAACAACAACCGCAACCACAACCGGAACCGCAGCCCUCAGCAUCUACAUCUCAAACCCAACAACAAAUCGACGAAGACGAAUGGGCCGCCUUCGAAGCCGACAUCGCCGCCGAAACCGCCCCUUACGACGCCGACGCCGUCAUCUCCCGUCCCGCCAUGACCGCCGAGGAAGCUGCCGCCGCCGCCGCCGCCGAGCAAGAGGCAGCAGGCCUGCAGAACCCUGAAUCUCGCAAGGCAAAGGCAGAUGCGGACAUUGAGGACGAGCGGGAGGAGGCCACGCGUGCGCUGGAGGAGGAGUUUGAGGAGAUGCAGGAGCUCGAGGCGCGGGUGCAGCGGUUGAAGGAGAAGAGGGAGGCGUUGAAGCGGAAGAGGGGGGAGACGAUCGGAAAAGAGAACGCCAUCACGGCGGUUGAUGUUAAUGAAGCCGAAGCCGAAAACAAUGACGAAGAAGAUGAUGAAGACGAUGAUGAGGAAGACGACUGGGACGGCUUCCGGUUCCGCACCGGGCGGUAGAGGAAGCCAAUG